AGAUCAAGAACCCAACUGAAAAUUUCAUUCCAUCCUCUUCCUCCCGAUGCAUCAUCUUUCUUUCUAUACUUGGACCCAGCCAAAGAAGAAACAAAGAAUGUGAAAUGUACAAAGCCAACAAGCCUUAGAAUGGGAUUUUCCUCCACCAACAUUCACCCGCGACCUCUCAACUGAAACACUCCCUCUAUAAGCAUUCGUUCCCCUUUCUUUCUUUUGUGUUUUUGAACUGAAGAUUUCUUCAUUCCAGCCUCUGAGAGCAUUAUUUCAAGAGAGAUCUUAGUUUGAAUUCCAAGAAACCCAAUCGGCAUUGUGAAGGGGGAGUUAUGAAGGGUUUUGGGUGGGUGGCUGCUUUGCCUCUCAUCUGUUUCUUGAUUCUUUAUCAUCACCAGACUAAGAUUUGUGUUUCUGCCAGUGUCCGAACUGAGAGGAUUGAAGGAAGUGCUGGGGAUGUCCUUGAAGACAAUCCCGUGGGAAGACUAAAAGUUUUUGUUUAUGAGCUGCCAAGCAAGUAUAACAAGAAGCUCCUACAAAAGGAUCCGAGAUGCCUGUCCCAUAUGUUUGCUGCAGAGAUUUACAUGCACCGUUUCCUUCUAUCAAGCGCUGUUAGAACUAUGAACCCAGACGAAGCUGAUUGGUUCUACACCCCUGUCUACCCUACCUGUGACCUCACACCUAAUGGCUUGCCACUUCCCUUUAAAUCUCCGAGGGUCGUGAGGAGUGCCAUACAGCUCAUCUCUGCAAAAUGGCCAUAUUGGAACCGGACGGAAGGAGCCGAUCAUUUCUUUCUAGUUCCCCAUGAUUUUGGAGCAUGUUUCCAUUAUCAAGAAGAGAAAGCUAUUGAGAGGGGUAUACUUCCAUUGCUUCAACGUGCCAUUUUGGUUCAAACGUUUGGACAAAGAAACCAUGUUUGCUUGAGUGAGCGUUCAAUCACUAUCCCUCCUUAUGCACCACCUCAGAAGAUGCAGGCACACUUGAUUCCUCCCAGCACUCCAAGAUCCAUAUUUGUCUACUUCCGCGGUUUGUUUUAUGACGUGAACAACGACCCGGAGGGAGGGUAUUAUGCAAGAGGGGCAAGGGCGUCAAUAUGGGAGAAUUUCAAGAACAACCCACUCUUUGACAUCUCAACUGACCACCCGACCACCUAUUACGAAGACAUGCAACGCUCUAUCUUCUGUUUGUGCCCGCUAGGGUGGGCCCCGUGGAGCCCAAGGCUGGUGGAGAGUGUGGUGUUCGGCUGCAUCCCCGUGAUCAUAGCAGACGAAAUCGUUUUGCCUUUCGCUGAUGCCAUUCCAUGGGAAGACAUAGGGGUAUUUGUGGAAGAGAAAGAUGUCCCGUACUUGGACACCAUCCUCACAUCCAUUCCUCCUGAGGUUAUCCUCAAGAAGCAGAGGUUUCUUGCAAAUCCUUCAAUGAAGAAGGCAAUGCUUUUCCCUCAGCCAGCCGAAGCUGGGGACGCGUUUCACCAGAUCUUGAACGGGCUGGCUCGCAAGCUGCCUCAUGACAGGAGUGUUUAUCUGAGGCCCGGGGAGAAGAAACUAAACUGGACUGCAGGACCUCCUGGGGACCUGAAACCUUGGUGAGGAGUGAGGACCAUUUAAAGCUCUAUUUUGUUUGUCAAUGAUCAUCAGAUCAUAUUGAAGCUGUAGUUUUAUGAACAUAUAGAAUGGUUGGGUUUAGUCUAGGGUGAAUUAUGGCUUUCAUCUACCAUCAAUGUCUCAACAAUCAAUCAAAGCAUGAGAUAACAACAGAUCCAGUAAAAUCCCAUACAGUAAAUUCUCGAGCAGAUUUGUGUAUGUAAAUAUUAUUCCAAAUUGGAUAGGGCAUAAGAUAAACAACCCUAAAAAGUUGGGGAAGAAACUGAAUUAUGGGUU